AUGAGCACAGCUUCCUUUUUAAACUUUAACAAUAUUUCGCUGGCUGACUCUCCUGAGGAUGAUGGCAAUUGGACUGCAACGUUUACCCAGCCUGGCUGGCAAAUAGCCCUUUGGGCUAUCACUUAUUCUUUCGUAGUUACUGCAUAAAUUAUUGGCAAUGUGAUUGUCAGCUGGAUUAUUGUAGCACACAAAAGAAUGAGGACUGUUACCAAUUAUUUUAUUGUUAAUUUGGCUCUUUCUGAUCUACUUAUAGCUGCUUUCAAUACACUUUUCAAUUUUAUUUAUGCCAGCCACAACGUCUGGUAUUUUGGCAAGGAAUUCUGCAGGUUUCAGAACUUUUUUCCUAUAACUGCAAUGUUUGUGAGUAUUUAUUCUAUGACUGCGAUUGCUGCUGACAGGUACAUGGCUAUAAUUUAUCCCUUUAAGCCCAAACUUUCUGCUGUGAGCACCAAAGUAAUGAAAGGAAUAAUAUGGUUGGUGGCUUUUGGACUUGCCUUCCCACAGUGCUUUUAUGCUGAGAUCAUGAUUGAUAAUGGAAUGACUAAAUGUAUUGUUGCCUGGCCAGAUGAUGUUGGAUGGAAGCAUCAGCUCACGUAUCAAAUCAUAGUGAUUGCCUUGAUUUACCUGCUGCCUUUAAUAGUGAUGUUUGUCGCAUAUAGCAUUAUAGGAAUUACUCUUUGGAGUAGUACAGUCCCCGGAGACCACACUAAUAGGAUCUAUUAUCACUCGCUUCAGUCGCUUGGUGUGUUUGUGAGAACCAUAGUCAUUGUUGUGAUAACUUUUGCUGUCUGUUGGUUACCUUAUCACCUCUACUUCAUCCUGGGGAGCUUCAGGGAAGACAUCUAUCAGCAAAAGUAUAUUCAGCAAGUAUAUCUUGCAGUCUUUCUGCUUGCUAUGAGUUCUACGAUGUACAAUCCAGUUAUUUACUGCUACCUUAACCAAAGGUUUCGUUCUGGCUUCAGAUUAGCUUUCCAAGGGUGCCCAUGUAUAAAAGCAACAGAGGGAGACAAACAAACUUAUUUACCCAUCAACUUCACAGCUGAUCUGCAACCAGCCAGCCAAACAAAGCUAAUUGAAAAACAGACUCACUGAAAUGAGAAACAGAAGACAUCAUUAACCUGCAUGCAUUUAACACUUGGAUUUUUAUUUUGAUGCUCUGGAAUAUUGUUCAAAAUAUAGUCUCUAAAAGAUAGUGUCGGUGAUUUUUGAAGCCUGGGAUCGAUUCUUAAUUGAUUAUUUUGUACCAUGCUGUGCCAGAUGCCAUCAACAUUGAAAAUAGGAUAAGAGUAGUUGGUAUUUAUCGGUUUCAGAGGUGGACUUUUUCAGCCAACACUUUCCUCCUCCUCCGCACCAAAAAAUGCAGGUUUGAGUCAAUCAAAACAUAUCAGAAAUGUAUGUGGCUUUUGUCAAAUUGUUUGAGCUGAAACAAACAAAAAAAUAUGUUGGAAAUGUCUAAAUAGGUUGUUUCCGCAAUAGUGAAACAGAGGGGAUUUAGGCAUCAUUCACAAAAUGGAGAUGAUGGCAGGGGCAAUGGUACCCUUAUACUCACUAGUUAGGGCACUCAUCUGGGAUGUGGGAGAUCCCACGUUUGAAUCCCAGCUCUAGAGAAAGGAUUUCAACCCAGGUCUCUCCCACCAACAUGUGAGUAGCUACCAGGCUAUACAAUCAUUCUCUUGUGUUCUCUCACUCUCUCCCUCUGGCUAGUCAAGUAUUUCAUACAAAGUGGGCAACCAAUUGCCUGGUGUUCAGCUGGGAGAAAGCAAACUUGGGUUCAAGUCCCUGUUCCAGAGUAGGGAUUCAAACCUGGUUCCCUAGGUAAGUGCCCUAGCCACCUCCUCCUCUCUUUUGUGAAUCUAGCCCCUUGCUUUCUUUGCCUUUAUCCAAAUAAAAUAAAUAAAUGGUUAAAAUGUCUGAAAUCAAAACGAAAAUUUCAUUUUGUAUCAAACCAAACAUCUCCUUUGCCCCAAAACAAUUUUUCUGACUUUUUCCAUUCACCAACAUUCUAAAAAAAAUCAGUCUUGGUUUGACCCAAACUGAAUUUGUUUUUUAUAUUUUUAAACUCCCAGUGUUACUGAAAAAUCCAUUAUUCACACAACUCUACUUGCACCAUGAUACAGUGUCUGUAAGCUGUACAGACACGUAUUUUCCAAAUACCAUCAUCAACUUAAGAAUUUAUAUCAGCCCAUCCCAGGAUUGAAAAUCAUAAUAGGAAGAAUUUAAUUAAAAAAAAAUGAAAAAAAUAAAUUGGGUUAACAAAAGGGUUAAAUAAAAAAAUCCUGAUGGAAAUGUCCUUCCUUCUUCUGUUCUUUAAGAAACUUUUCUAUGGAAAAGAACCAACCUACAGCUAUCGGUCCCAGUUCCACAAUCAGAUCCAUUCAGCGGGACCCUCACUCCCACAGAUCAGGAGUACACCCACACAGAUGAGAUUGCAGGAUUGGGCCAUAGGAGAUAUUUAUAACUAAAACAAAUUAUAAACCAUAAAUUAGAGCUUGACCCAAGCUGCAAAGUUUGGCUUUGAACUUUUCCAGAGAUCUGGGGUGUUUGGGCUUUUGUUCUGAUAUAGCCUUCUAGUUUAUCAAUAAAAAUUGGGAAGCCAUUCCUUAAAGAAUCUUUAUUGGUGGAAUUCUUAUUUAUAAGAAGUAGGACCAAAAUCUCAGCAUCAUUUCUUUAUAAACUUAUCUCAGAAAUUAAACCUUUAAUAGACAUUAUUACACAAGCAAAACAUAAGUUACCAACAUGGACAUUAACACCCAUGUUAACAGAAUAAAAUACUUGAGCCUCUGAGAUCCUCUAUAGAUCUAAACGCAUUUUGCAAAUGAAAAUAUAAUUAUCCCCAAUUUACAGGUGAAGACAUGGUGGCACAAGAAGGUUUUACCCACGGGCACACAGCAGGUUCAGUGGCAAUGCUGGAUACAGAUCAGAGAUCUCCUAACCCCCUGUCCAGUGCCCUGUGUAUUGGCCAUGCUGUCUCCCAUGCAAAUGUCAUAUGGGCUUGUGCAGUACUUGUGCACUGAAGGAAGCAGAUGAAGCUUGAGUGACAUUGGCAGUUAUCUUUCAGUUUAAUACUUCUCAGGAGCACAAUAGUUCUGUCUGAGGCCUUCACAACUAGAGGAAGAAACCUCUCUAAGUAGAAUCUGUACAGUUAGAUCAUCUCCCUCCUUACUAGCAGUUAUUUCAAAUGUAUUUCAUCUGAUUCAUUGGCUGAUAAUUGCUUGUUAGUCUGAUUAACAACAUUUAGUAGGGAUGGUAUGUUCCCAGCCAAUGCCUCAAGCUAAGACAUACAUGGAAAUGCAACCACUGCUAGAAGCUAGGUUUAAUAUAAAAUGAAUAGACCAUGCAGAGAACUGUUUUAAUCCUUUGAACCCAGCAUGGCACUGUGACAGACUGACAGUUUUCUACAGUAUCCUGAAUGAACUUUAUUAGGUUAAACCUUAUUGAAUUAGGGUUCAUACCUUGGGAGUCCAUUGAAUUAAAAAUACAAUUGUGUAUGUACUAUUGUGGCAUUGUAUGUACAUGCUCUAGUAGGAGGGGGAAACUAACCAGAGAAAUUACAUUUUGGCCCUUUAAAGCCAGCCCCCUGGAGAGAUUUGCACAUACACCUCUACCCCGAUAUAACGCGACCCAAUAUAACACAA